UCCUUCGGCUUUGAGUCAUGAAACCCGUAAGCAUUAGUUUUGCAGAGUUUCGAUCAUGCCGCUUGCUUCUUGGCAUUGCUCUUGCACUGUGCUUCAGUCGAGUCUCCUCCACCACCAACGAAACAGACAGACUCGCGCUGCUCGCAUUUAAGGCCGGCAUAACCGAAGAUCCUUCUGGGGUGCUCACCUCAUGGAACAAUAGCAUCGGGUUCUGCCGGUGGCAUGGCAUUACUUGUGGCCGGAGGCACCGGAGGGUCACCGUCCUGGACUUGAGGUCGCAAGGACUCUCUGGAUCGAUCUCUCCUCAUGUCGGAAAUCUCAGCUUCUUAAGGGAAAUGUGGCUGGAAUACAACAGUUUCAAUCAAGAAAUACCUCCACACCUUGGCCAGUUGCGCCGCCUACGUAUCCUACGAUUGACCGGCAAUUUGUUGGUCGGCGAAAUUCCCAAGAACUUAUCGGGUUGCUCGGAUCUAGUCACCCUCAGGAUCGGGGACAACGACCUAACCGGAGAAAUUCCUGGAGAGCUCGGGUCAUUGCUGAAGCUACGAGAUUUCGGGUUGUAUGCUAAUAAUCUAAACGGGAGAUUGCCUUCCUUCAUUGGGAACUUAUCUUCACUAGAGGUCCUUUUUUUAGCACUGAACGACUUGGAUGGGAGCAUUCCCCAAGUUCUAGGCCACCUGACAAACUUGCAAUUCAUCGGCAUCGGAGAAAACAGAUUGUCGGGUACGAUUCCAUCUUCGUUGCUCAAUCUCUCUUCCCUAACUCAGUUUGAUGCUGGAAACAACCAGUUACAGGGGACUCUUCCCGCAGACAUAGGCCUCAAAAUCCCAGAUCUUGUAUUUUUAAGUGUUCUCGACAACCAACUCGAGGGACCGAUUCCUUCGUCGAUAUCGAAUUGCACAAAGCUAGAUAGGCUUCAACUUGGAGGCAAUAAAUUUUCCGGGAAAGUACCUUCUUGGGAGAAUCUGUAUGUGCUUAGUUGGCUUCAAAUCUUCGCUAACCAGCUUGGUAGUGGAAAACCUGAAGACUUGAGCUUCCUCUGCUCGUUAACUAAUAGCACCAAAUUAGAGUACGUGGGUAUUGACAGGAAUCAGUUUGGCGGGGUAUUACCGAAAUGCAUAGGUAAUUUCUCCACUGCUCUCAUACUAUUUUCUGUGGCCGAGAAUCAAAUAUCUGGUGAGAUUCCAAAAGAAAUUGAGAAUUUUGUCAAUCUGGAAGUAUUGUAUAUGGAGCUCAACCAGCUUUCAGGUGUUAUCCUCUCAAGCUUGGGGAAUUUACAAAAUCUAUUCGCAGUGGAAUUAAGUGAUAAUAACUUGGGAGGGACUCUCCCAUCUUCUUUGGGAAAUCUGACCAAUUUGAUCACACUACGUCUUGAUGGGAACAACUUUCAUGGGCAAAUUCCUUCACGCCUAUCAAACUGCCGGUCUCUUAAUUUGCUUGAUUUGUCCAAUAACAAUCUCAGUGGUGCUAUACCCCCGCAACUUUUAGGUCUCUGGUCAUUGACAAUCAUUUUGAACUUAUCUCGAAACCAUUUGACUGGGGUUCUACCCAUAGAAGUUGGCAACUUGAUAACAUUGACUGCGCUGGACAUAUCUAACAAUUUGUUGGUAGGUGAAAUCCCAAGCAGUUUAGGUGAUUGCACUUCGUUGACAUCAUUGAGGAUGGGAGGAAACUUCUUCCACGGGUUGAUUCCUCAAACAAUCAGAUCGUUAGGAGGCAUCGACGAACUAGAUCUUUCAUGCAACAAUUUAUCGGGUCAGAUUCCAGAAUUCUUAACGAUAUUUCAUUCCUUGAAACUUUUGAAUUUAUCGUACAAUAUGUUUGAAGGCAAGCUACCAUCUAAAGGAGUCUUUAGGAAUGCUAGCAGAACUUUUAUUGUGGGGAACAAUGACCUCUGCGGCGGGCUACCAGAAUUUCACCUCCCCAAUUGCAUCUCCAGAAGCUCCAAGAGCAAAAGGAUCAAUUUAGUGACGUUGUCCACUUCUGUUAUUUUCGGAGUUCUUGGAGUAGCUCUUAUUCUGGCUUUCAUAUAUCUUUGUUGGUUCAAGAAGACAAUAACGGAACGGGUUCCAAGUUCAAGGGACGAUUCACUUCCAAAUGUAUCUUAUGGAGCACUUCUAAAAGCAACCGAUGGUUUUUCUUCAAUGAAUUUGAUCGGUGUUGGGAGCUUUGGUUCUGUUUAUAGGGGUAUACUACUCGAGGUCAGUGGGACUAUUGUUGCCGUGAAGGUGCUUCAUUUAGUCCGUCAUGGUGCUUUGAAGAGCUUCAUAGUCGAGUGUGAGGCACUAAAGAACAUCAAACAUCGAAAUCUUUUGAAGAUAUUGACAGUUUGCUCUAGUAGUGAUUAUCGAGGAAAUGAUUUUAAAGCCUUAGUCUAUGAAUUCAUGGACAAUGGAAGCCUGGAACAGUGGCUACACCCAAGUGCAACAUCAUCUCAUGGCACCGAGCUUCCGAAAAGGUUGAAUAUCAUUCAAAGGAUGAAUAUUGCUAUUGAUGUUGCUUCCGCAUUGGAUUAUCUCCAUCACCAGUGCCACAUCUCCAUCAUUCAUUGUGAUCUAAAGCCAAGCAAUAUUGUCUUAGAUGAUGAGAUGGUCGCACAUGUAGGUGACUUUGGAUUGGCGAAGUUCCUUAUUGGAUCAUCCCUUGAUGCCGUAGCUAAUCGGAUGAGCUCUGUGGGUUUUAGAGGGACAAUCGGUUAUGCUCCACCGGGUAAUCUCUCUCUCAAAUCAAGAAAGUGUAUUUACCCAAAAAGGUUAUUGAUGGAUCUUUUUGUCAGAAGUUUAGUGGAGAAUAAUAACUCUUAUGAUCUCACGCACAUUACAUCAUGA